AUGAGGGUCCCCUCUGGCACCGGCCUUGUGCUGGGCAGCCUGCUGCUGCCGCUGCUGCUGCUCCAGGCCCCUCGAAUUCUUGGCUUCACCCCACAGUCCAGAGAGCACCUGUGCCGGACCCGGCCCACGGACCUGGUGUUCGUUGUGGACAGCUCCCGCAGCGUGCGGCCUGUAGAAUUUGAGAAGGUGAAGGUGUUCCUGUCCCAGGUCAUCGAGUCGUUGGAUGUGGGGCCCAAUGCCACCCGGGUGGGCGUGGUCAACUACGCCAGCGCCGUGAAGCAGGAGUUCCCGCUGCGGGCCUACGGUUCCAAGGCCGCGCUGCUGCAGGCUGUGCGCCGCAUCCAGCCGCUGUCCACGGGCACCAUGACUGGUCUGGCCAUCCAGUUCGCCAUCACCAAGGCCCUCAGCGAUGCGGAGGGCGGUCGCGCCAGAUCCCCCCACAUCAGCAAGGUGGUCAUCGUGGUGACGGACGGGAGGCCCCAGGACAGCGUGCGGGACGUGUCCGCGCGGGCCCGGGACAGCGGCGUCGAGCUGUUCGCCAUCGGCGUGGGCCGCGUGGACAAGGCCACGCUGCGGCAGAUCGCCAGCGAGCCGCAGGACGAGCACGUGGACUACGUGGAGAGCUACAGCGUCAUCGAGAAGCUGUCCAGGAAGUUCCAGGAGGCCCUGUGCGUGGUGUCAGACCUGUGUGCCACAGGAGACCACGACUGUGAGCAGGUGUGCAUCAGCUCCCCGGGUUCCUACACCUGUGCCUGCCGUGAGGGCUUCACCCUCAACAGUGAUGGGAAGACCUGCAAUGUCUGCAGUGGCGGUGGUGGCAGCUCGGCCACUGACCUGGUCUUCCUCAUUGAUGGAUCCAAGAGUGUGCGGCCGGAGAACUUUGAGCUGGUGAAGAAGUUCAUCAACCAGAUUGUGGACACUCUGGACGUGUCAGACAAGCUGGCCCAGGUGGGGCUGGUGCAGUACUCGAGCUCUGUGCGCCAGGAGUUCCCGCUGGGCCGCUUCCACACCAAGAAGGACAUCAAGGCGGCUGUGCGGAAUAUGUCCUACAUGGAGAAGGGCACCAUGACCGGGGCUGCCCUCAAGUACCUCAUCGACAAUUCCUUCACUGUGUCCAGCGGGGCCAGGCCUGGUGCCCAGAAGGUGGGCAUUGUUUUCACUGAUGGCCGGAGCCAGGACUACAUUAAUGAUGCUGCCAAGAAGGCCAAGGACCUCGGCUUUAAGAUGUUUGCUGUGGGCGUGGGCAACGCUGUGGAGGACGAGCUGAGGGAAAUCGCCUCGGAACCCGUGGCAGAGCACUACUUCUACACUGCUGACUUCAAGACCAUCAACCAGAUAGGCAAGAAGUUGCAGGAGAAGAUCUGUGUGGAGGAAGACCCGUGCGCCUGUGAGUCCGUGGUGAAAUUCCAGGCCGAAGUGGAGGGGCUGCUGCAGGCCCUGACCAGGAAACUGGAAGCUGUGAGUAAGCGGCUGGCCAUCCUGGAGAACAGGAUCGUCUAA